AUGGCUGACAAGCACAUAUCCGGAGACGGUAGGGAUGUUUUUGAUGAUUCUCUAUUGGAUCUCAAGGUUUACACCGGCAAUGGUUCUACAGAAAAGAUGCAAGAGGACCAGAACUUGUGGCCCAGACCUCUGGCUCAAAAAUGGAUCGUGAUGCUGUUUAUGGGCACCUGCCUCCUCUUCUGUGCCAGGAUGGCCAUGCCGAUCUGUGCGGUCUCAAUGGCAGCCACUUUUCACUGGAGCAAGAUCGAUUCUGGUCUGGUCCUAGGUGGAUUCUUCUGGGGUUACUGUCUCACACAGAUCCUUGGAGGACAUGCCAGCGACAAAGUGGGAGGAGAGAGGGUCCUGUGCAUCUCUGCAGCCUUGUGGUCUCUGAUCACAGCUGGGACUCCUCUUCUGACCCGGCUAGGCUGUCACACCUUCGCUCUCAUGACUAUGGCCAGAUUCCUCAUGGGACUAUUGCAAGGUGUGUUUUUUCCAUCGUUGGCCAGCCUGUGCUCACAGCGUGUGGUGGAAGGAGAGAGAGGGUUUCUAAUGAGCACCAUACACAGUGGUAGCUAUCUGGGAACAUUGUUAGCAGGUGGGCUGGGGUCCUUGAUGCUGGACAGGUAUGGCUGGGAAAGUAUGUUCUACAGCAUCGGUUUCCUGUCCGGACUCUGGGCGCUCGUUGUUUGGCAGUGUUUUCUGAAAGGUGACCUUACCCCCAAGCAGAUGGAAACAAGUGACAACUCACAAUGGAAGAUGUCAAGAACACGCUGGCUGAGUCUUUUUAAGAAGCAGUCUGUCUGGGCCAUGAUCUUUGCUCACAUGUGCAUGUGCGGCACUUCCUACACUUUACUGUCAUGGUUGCCAACAUACUUCAAAGAGUCAUUUCCUCAUGCUAUGGGAUGGGUGUAUAAUGUCAUUCCUUGGCUAGUUGCAAUUCCAUCAGCACUGGGUGGAGGAUAUGUUUCAGAUUUCCUCAUCAAAAAAGGAUAUGGUGUGGCAUCUGUGAGAAAGAUAAUGCAGUUCUUCGCUAUGGGUGUAUCGAGUAUCUUUAUCAUGCUCCUGUCUGGAGCUGUCAAAUUUCCCUCCGCUGUCAUUUUCGUCUCUGCUGCUUUGAGUGUAUCCACCUUCACUAGCAGUGGUGUGUCUGUGAAUGUGCAGGAUCUCACACCAUCAUGUGCCGGUGCCCUUUAUGGUUUUAUGAAUAUGUUGGGUGCUUUCACGGGACUGGUGAUGGUCUCGGUGUCAGGCUACCUGAUUGAUGUCACCCUGUCGUGGGCCACAGUGUUCUCCCUUGUCAUUUUAGUAAACGCCACAGGCCUCGGAGUCUUCCUCAUCUUUGGAGACGCCCGUCGUGUCGACCUGGAAGAUUACAGCCAGGUCGUGGUGGUUUGACCCAGAACUUUCUGCUGAAAAUACCAGUCAGUGUCUGAUUUGUGAAAAUGUGCGUUACAUUUGGAUCUCCCUCAUUUCAUGUCAUUUAUUGUACAGUACACACAGUAAACACAGUGUUUAUCAGGAAUAACUGCAGUUUUGGAUGGUAUCAUGUCAUGUUUUCUUUGUCAUUUUUGACAAGAGAAUCAUAGUUUUGUAAAAGUACGUGGAAAUAGACUUCCUCUCUCGAAAAUGAAGGAACUGGAAUAUUUCAGGCAAGUUUUUGUUCUGUUGUUCUUACCGGAAAUCUCUCUGGAUAAACAACGUCUGCUAAAUAUGAAUUGCAGAGUAUAAAUGUUUAUUACUGUAUAAAUAUUUAAUUUAGGAAGUUUGAUAUCCACACAUAAAUGUUUACAUUAAUAAUGACUACAUGCAUAAUGCAAGCUGCUGAUUAUUGUAACAUGUAAAAACACAGCAUAUGUUAACAGGUGAAUUACAGCCAAACUCUAUCAGGACAAAUUAUAACGAGGUAAAGCGCGUUUAUUUGUCGGAGAGCUUUGGCUACACAUAAACUUUUUUGGCUACACGUUUUGGUCUUUUCUUGGGAUUUGUUGACACUAAGAAAUCAUAUUUUUUUAACCGGUCAUGACAUGAAAUGUUGGGUUUGGAGGUCUGUUGUAAUGUUGUGAUGAUGCACCUGUACUGUAACUUUAUUUAUUGAAGUUGGAACUUGUGUACUGGUGAAUCUUAUCUGCUUGUCCUGUGUGUGCGCUGCACCGCUGGCCGCAAUGUUCAAAGCUACUAGAACUAGUGAGGUGUCUUUAAUGAGACUCGACAUGAACUUUGCUUACAAGCACUUAUGACUGGUUUAUAUAUUUAUUAUAUAUAUUUAUCAAACAUUGUUUCUCAAAGUUUGGCUGUUGCGUCUGUGAACUGUUUUGUACAUGUGUCAAAAUGUUAAUGAGAGUGUUUUCGGUGUAUUUUUUUUAUUUUUAUUGAACCAGGAAGUCUGUUGAGAUACAUUAUCUCUUUUACAUGGGAAACCUGGACAAAAGGACUCUGAUUAGGUGAAAUGAUUUAAUUGAUCAAUUUGACUGCAUUUGAUUGCAUUGAUCUACCAAACUGUGGUCCAGUCGCCUGAGCAUGUUAACAAAAUAUUAAAAUUGAUUCAAAUAUUACAAAGUACUUUUUCAUUAUUAGUCAUCUGAUACUGGAACACCAGAGGGUUUGUUUACUGUAAAAUAAAUCCAAAGACAUGAAAAUCUUCCUUCUUCCAAAAAGAGUAACAAAUAUGAACAUAUGUAAUAUAAUUAAUGUAAUAUAACUGACAUAUAAUUGUCUGUCAUGUAGAAGAUAAUGCUAAAAACUGUUUUUUGGAAGGUUUGUCGACUUCAGGCGGAACUAUUCAGUGUUAUUAUCACAUUUAUAAGACAGAUGAAACGGCGUCAGACUGCGGAUGUUUUUAAUUACAGAAUAAUUUAUUUUUCUAGCUGCACUAACUGUUUAAAGCUUUUGUGUUGAUUAACACAAUCUUAUUAGCUUUUUUUUCAAGCGAGGGUACAAAGAACUGAAUAAUAAAGUAAAACUGCAGGCUGCUUUUGAACCGUUGAAGGUGAACGAUGUAAA